CGUGAGGGUGGGGGACAUCACAAUUCACAGCACAAAAAAAAAAAAUAGUUAACAAAAUACUAGGUUUUCAAGUAAUAUUAGCUAGGUCGUGUGGAAGUUAACAUGAAGAUCACCAUGGAGAAAGAAGAAUGGGAAUUGAAUCCUAAAAAACUCACAGUCAAAAAACUCGUUGGCUAUGGAGGUUUUGGAUUAAUUUACAAAGGCUUUUACAAUGGAAAAGAAGUCGCAGUUAAAAUGUUUGAUUUUGGAGAUGAAAAGAAGAAUUCAACGGAAGAAAAAAAGAAAUUGAUGGAAGAUGUAUUCAUGCAAGAAGUUUCUAUUUGGUGCACUCUUGAACACUCCAAUAUCGCCAAGUUUAUUGGGGCUAUAAAGAAGGAGAACAUGUCAGAAAUAAAAAUGAAGUGUCAAAAAGGUUCAGUAAAUGGAUGUUGCCUUGUUGUGGAAUAUGUUGGUGGAGGAACUCUUAGAUCCUAUCUUUCAAAAUACACAAUGAAGAAGAAGCUGUCUUUGGAUACUAUAGUCCAACUUGCAAUGGACGUUGCUAAAGGAUUAAGUUACCUUCAUUCGGAAAAGAUUGCGCAUAGAGAUGUGAAGACUGAAAAUUUACUUCUUGACAAAACUGGAAGAGUGAAGAUAAUUGAUUUUGGAAUCUCUAGUCAAUUUUAUUCUCUUGGCUUGAAUUAUCCUCCUAUGAUGGUUGGAACAACGGGCACUAUUGGUUACAUGGCUCCUGAGGUUUUGAGCGAACCGUCGUAUGAUCACAAGUGUGAUGUCUAUAGCUUUGGAAUUUGCUUGUGGGAGAUGUACACUUGUUUAGACCCAUAUCCAGAACACAUUCCUCGUAGUAAAAUCUCACAUCAAAUUUAUAAGGAUCGAAGACCUGAGAUACCUAAAUGUUGUCCCACAGCAUUGUCAGAUAUAAUGAAGAAAUGUUGGGAUGUAAAGCCAGAAAAUAGGCCAGAGAUGAAGCAAGUGUUGCACAUGUUAGAAGGCAUUCAGACAAGUAGACAAGGAAGAAAACAAAAACAUAUGUUUUGCUUUGCCUAAAAAGACAUAUGAACAGAGGAAUUCAUCAUAAUUGGCGAGCUCAACAUCACAGCCAAGGGCGAUGAACAAAACAGAAACAAAUUCCAGCAAGAGGCAAGCUUAAACGAAGAACCAAAAGCACAGAGCAGACAAAAGAUGAAGGAGGAGAUACAUACAUAAAAGAGACAACCAGAUCUGCUAAAACGAAUAUAGAUCUUUUUAUGUAUAAAUGGCCCAAAAAAUUAAUGUUAAAUGGCUCAAAAAACUUGGCUCAAAAUUGUGCCACAAAUGUAGAAAGACAAUACUAACCUUUUGCCUCCAAAAUAAAGUUACUAUUUUCAAAAAUCUAAAAGUAGGUGCAAUGAAAUUUUUUUUGGCCAAAAGAAUUUUUUCCUAUUGUUAUUA